AUGGAUUUUAAAACUUAUAAAAGCUAUCAUGAAGAUUUCAUGAAAUUCAAUAAUGGCACUUCUUUGCAAGAAUGCGGAGUUUUAUUAUCUUUAAUACCAUUAGCCAGUACGAAUUUCAUUUCGGCCAUUUGUAUUUUAGCAGUGGAUUUUCAUGUAUUUCCUAGAAGAUUUGCUAAAACUGAGUUGUAUGGUUGCGGACUAAUGGAUCUUGGAGUUGGUUUUUUCAUCUGUGCAAAUGGGCUUGUUCACAAUCGAAAAUCACAUCAAACAAAGACUAAUGUUCUGAAAAACUUUUUAAACUGUGGUGUAUUAUUCAUGUUUGGAUUUAUAAGAUUAAUUUCAACAAAAACCAUUGAAUACCAGGAGCAUUUGACAGAAUAUGGAACUCAAUGGAAUUUUUUUUUCACUCUUGGAUGCUGCAAAAUGUUUAUUUACCUAGCAGAGUUAUUAUUUCAAAAUAAAAAUUUUUUAUGGCUUUGUAUUGUAACUGGUAUAAUUCAUGAAGCCAUUUUAAGCUUGGGAAUAAGAGAAUGGAUAUUUUCAAAUGAGCCUAGGAAUACAUUUUUAUCUGCAAAUAGAGAGGGAUUAUUCUCUUGUUUAGGGUAUUUAUGUAUAUAUUUUGCUGCUACCUGUUUAGGAAAAUUUUUGACUUUUUCAUCAUCAAUGAAAUAUCAAAAUGUAAUUACUUUUUUUGUGUCUUUGUCAUUUUUUGGCUGGGUUACUGUCAUAUUUUUUAAUCACAAUUUUGGUAUUUCUCGGAGAUUAGCCAAUAGUGGUUACAUAAUAUGGGUUUUAUCUUUAACUGUAAAUAUUUUGCUAUUGUUAACUAUAAUUGAGUUGAGUUUAAUAAUUUUAAAAAAUGAAAAGCCAGGAUUAAUUAAUGUGGUUUUUCAAACUUUUUUGUUAAAUGAAAUUUGGAAAGUGAUGCGACAUUUAAAAAAAAGCAUAAAUUUUGGUUACACUUAG